UCUCUCUCCCCUCUGUUUACAGAGAAACAAAGAUCUGAGAUAUAUAUAGAAAACAGAAUCUAUACUCACCAGUCACCACCUGUUUCUUGUCGACCCCACCACCCCCACCCCUCUUCCUCCCUCCUCAAUAAAUUAUUAAAUCUCCAUGAACAAACUUACACUUUAUGUCUUUAUUCUCUCCCUUUCAAAAUUUUCUAAUUUCCUUUUAAAACUUUAGCAUUUAAUUUAUAUUUGCUUUUAUUUUUUUUUAUAUGUUUGCCGGUGAUGCCUACUCCGGUUAGUGUAGCGAGGCAAUGCUUGACAUCCGAAGCAGCUCACGCGCUCGACGAGGCCGUUGCUGUGGCUCGCAGGAGAGGCCAUGGACAGACGACGUCGCUUCAUGCGGUUUCCGCUCUCCUUUCUUUUCCCUCGUCGAUUCUACGCGAGGCCUGUGCGCGUGCCAGGAACGCCGCCUACUCGCCUCGUCUUCAGUUCAAGGCGCUCGACCUUUGUCUAAGCGUUUCUCUCGACCGUGUCUCGUCCACUCAGCUCAGCGACGACCCGCCCGUGUCAAACUCACUCAUGGCCGCGAUCAAACGGUCGCAAGCCAACCAACGGAGGCAGCCUGAUAAUUUCAAUCUCUAUCACCAACUUUCUCAGUCUCAUAACUCGUCUGUGGCCGUCGUAAAAGUCGAGUUACAGCACUUGGUUAUAUCAAUUCUCGAUGACCCGGUCGUGAGUCGGGUCUUCAGUGAAGCGGGAUUUCGGAGCAACGAAAUCAAGUACGCCAUCUUACGCCCUCUCACAACGCAGCUUUUUAAACUUUCUCGCGCCUCUAAAGCUCCACCGCCAAUUUUUUUAUGUAACUACUUGACUGAAAAUUCGGAUCCGGUUUCGGGUCGGAAGGGAAUGAGCUAUACGUUUCCCGGUUAUGGUGGGUACUUGGAUCAUGGAGAUGAUAAUUGCAAAAGGAUAGGAGACGUGCUUUUGAAGAGAAAGAAUCCUAUGUUGGUGGGUGUUUAUGCUUACGGUGCACUCAAGAGUUUCAACGAAAACGUAGAGAGAAAACAUAAUAAGAAUAUUUUGCCGUCAGAAUUAUCUGGGUUGAAUAUUAUUUCCAUUGAAAACGAUGUUUCAAAAUUUAUCACAGAAAAUACUGAUAAAGGGAGUGUCAAUGUGAGAUUUGUGGAGGUGAGUUUGUUUAUAGAGCAAAGUUUAGGACCUGGGGUGGUGGUUAAUUAUGGAGACUUGAAAGCAUUUGUUAAUGAAAAUAGCUAUGAUAAAGGAACAAAUGAUGCAGUUGUGAGCCAUGUUGUGGCUCAAUUGACGAAGCUGUUGCAUCUUCGUGGAGCUAAAGUUUGGUUGAUAGGUGCUGCAGCCAACUAUGAGACGUAUUUGAAGCUUCUGAAUAGGUUUCCAUCAAUCGAAAAGGACUGGGAUUUGCAUCUUUUGCCUAUUGCUUCUUUAAAAGCUUCUUCAAUGGCUGAAACAUUCCCCAAAUCCAGCUUGAUGGAAUCAUUUGUUCCUUUUGCUGGGCUCUUUUCUACACCUUCUGACUUAAAGAGCCCACUAAGCGGCGUAUAUCAAUGUGCAACCCGGUGCCAUCAAUGCAACGAGAGGUGUGAACAAGAGAUGAUUGCUUUGUCAAAAGACUUCAGUUCUUCAAUAGCAGACCAGUGCCAAUCUAGCUUGCCUUCUUGGUUACAAAUGACAGAGAGAGGCAAAGACAGAUUGAAUCGAAAGACUAAAGAUGGUGGAACAGUAUUGAGUGCCAAAAUUACAGAGGUGCAAAAGAAAUGGGAUGAUAUAUGCCAGCAUCAUCAUCCGACUCAACCAUACCCUUCCUCCAACAUCUAUCAAGUGGGUUCUCAAUUUCCCACUGCUGUGGGCUUUCAGUUUCCUGAAGACAGAAGGGAGAAUGCUGAUAACAGCAAUAGAAAUACACCACCUUCUGAUAAAAGUUGCAUCAAUGUGAAUUCGGUGAUUCCCAUUGACUCUGAAAAUGUUUCUGCUUCAAAAACAUUUUCUUCUCCCAUGGUUUCCAAAGAUCCGAAUGAGAUUUUGGUAUCCAAACUGUGGCAAAAACCAUCAAAAACAGAUCUUGAGUCAGGUGGCCUCAGAUCUCCCUGCAGUUUGUCUAAUUCAAGUGUAGAUGACAGUAAUCGAACAUCUCCAACGUCUGUGACUUCUGUGACCACUGUUUUAGGAUUGGGAAUGUGCUCCGCCCCUGCCAAAAAUGAACUGAAGGAACUUACAGAAGUGUCUCAGGAAUUAUCUGGUUGCUUUUCUGCUAAUGUAGAUUUCGUCAAUGGGAGUAUUUCUAACCAUCCGGCUCAAUCUUCAUCCUCCUCAUGUCCCGACUGGCAUCGGCAAUUUGAUCUAAGCAAUUGCAAGACACUUUUUAGUGCUCUCACUGAAAGAGUUGGCUGGCAAGAUGAAGCCAUACAUGUUUUAUGCAAAAACAUAGUUCACUGGCAAGCACUAAAUGAAAAUUGCCAUAGAGCAAGUAAACGAGGGGUAUGGUUCAAUUUUACUGGUCCUGAUAGGUGCAGUAAAAGGAAGAUUGCUGUCGCCCUUGCUGAGAUAAUAUAUGGAAGCAAGGAAAAUUUUAUUGGUGUGGAUCUGAGUUCCAAUGUUGGGGUGACAGAUAGAAAUGCAAUCUUUGAUUGUGAAGAUGUGAAUGGUUACGGUAUGAAGUUUAGAGGGAAAAAUGGGGUUGAUUAUAUUGCUGGGGAGUUAUGCAAGAGACCCUUGUCCAUUUUCUUUCUUGAAAAUGUAGAUAAGGCUGAUCUGCAGGUUCAGAUUAGUUUGUCCAAGGCUAUACGAACUGGUAGAUUUAUUGAUUCAGAUGGGAGAGAAACUUGCAUCAAGAAUACAAUAUUUGUGACCACAUCAGCAUUUAUGAAGGAUAGCAAGAAUAUCUCUUACACAAAUGAGGGCAUUAACUAUUCUGAGGAAAGAAUUUUGAGAGCAAAGAGCCGGCAAAUGCAGAUCCUAUUCGAACCUGCUCCAGGGAAAAGCAGCAUUAGCCAAAAGUCGACUACAUCCAGUUCAAGUGAAGGCAUGGUGUUUGUGAAUAAGAGGAAACUGAAAGGCCGGAAUGAGUAUUCACAGCAGGACGAUAUCUCUGAGAUGGUCAAACGGGCUCAUAGAUCAUCAGCUAAGAAUUUAGAUUUGAACCUUCCAGCUGAAGAGAACGAACUGCAAGAAAUUAAGGAUGGGAACUCAGAUAAUGACUCCUCUGGGAACUCCAAGCCUUGGUUGCAAGAUAUCUUUGAUCAGACUGAAACAGUGGUUUUCAAGCCAUUCGAUUUUGAUGCACUUGCAGAGAAAGUCUUGAAUGAUAUCAACAAGAGUUUCCACAUGAUUGUUGGCUCUGAAUGUUCUCUAGAAAUCGACACCAAAGUGAUGGAGCAAUUACUUGCAGCUGCAUAUCUAUCAGACACAGACAGUUUGGUAACAGAUUGGUUGGAGAAAGUUCUUUGCAGGGGAUUUUUAGAAGUUCCAAUUAGGUACAACCUCACAGCUCAUUCCAUUGUGAAGCUUGUUACUUGCGAGGAACAUUCCAUGGAGGAGCCAACACCAGAAGCAGCAGAAAUUCGCCUUCCGUCAACAAUUAUUUUGAAUUGAUAUUUUCCAAAAGCCUAGUGAUACAGAUAGAUGUAUAAUUUAGCAAUCAGCUCUAGUAACCAUUUGGUAGCUGUUAAUCUAAAAUUUUAUUGGUUUUCUUGUUCAAGAUAGGUUUUUGUAUUAUGUAUAAUUAUAGUCCAUGCUUGUGUGAAUUAUGAUUCUCUUAUGUACUGAAACACCAAAAUAUUCUUCUUUUUGCUCCUUGAA